AUUUACCUGAAAUCCAACAUGGCGGCAAAAUUAAACAAUCUCAGCAUGUUGUCGGAAUCGUGAAAUGAAAUGUACACUUGUGAUUACUUUGUUGACAUAUCGUGUAUCGCGCGGCUGGAUUCACAUUUGUCCAAGUGACCAUGUGGAAGUACUGUGUCCUUGGCCUAGUAGCAAGACUGGUUCUCUUGCUGUACGGAGAAUGGCAGGACCGCACUAUGGAGGUCAAAUUUACAGACGUUGACUACUUUGUCUUUGACGAUGCAGCAUCUUUUGUUAUUAAGGGACAAUCCCCUUAUGACCGAGCCACUUACCGCUACACCCCACUGUUAGCCUUCAUGCUUCUACCAAACAAAUGGUUUCACAGCUUCGGGAAAAUCCUUUUCAUCAUAUUUGAUGUGAUGACAGGGGCUCUGACAUAUUCCCUUGUUUCCUCCAAGGGUCAUAGUCACAAGACUGCAGUGGUUUGCGCCUGUCUCUGGUUGUUCAACCCCCUCCCAAUGGCUGUGUCUAGUCGAGGAAAUGCAGAGAGUAUCAUGUCCUUUCUAGUGCUUGCAACUCUUCAGCUGAUAGAAAACCGCCACGUUUUCAUGUCUGCAGUGUCAUAUGCUUUAGCAGUUCACUUUAAGAUAUAUCCCAUAACAUAUGCACUGCCAUUGUACUUACUAUUGGGGAAGGAUUUUGAGAAGGACAAGAUUCAGAGGACAGCAAGAUCAAAAUUUACUCAGCUGAAGAAAAGGACAAGAGAGGAUGUAUUAGUCUGGAGGGAAGUAUUACUGGACUUAAUCCCCAAUAUCAACAGACUGGUGUUUAUGUUGGUGGGGGCUACAGUGCUGGGAGGACUCACUGCAGUAUUCUAUGCAUGGUAUGGCUGGCAGUUCCUGUACGAGACCUACCUGUAUCAUGUGUUUCGGCAAGAUACACGCCACAACUUCUCCCCAUACUUUUACAUGCUGUAUCUGAUGGGCGUGGCUCACACGUCCACAUGGAUCAAGAUCCUCGCCUUCCUGCCACAGUGUCUUCUCAUCCUCACAUUCGCCAUCAAGUACUAUAGAGACCCACCCUUCUGCUGGUUCCUCAUUACAUUUGCUUUUGUAGCUCUCAAUAAAGUGUGUACGUCACAGUACUUCCUGUGGUACCUGUGUCUGGUGCCCCUCAUUCUCCCCUCCAUCAACAUCUCCGUGUCCCGGGGAGUCAUGCUGACCUCUCUCUGGUUCCUCGGCCAGGGUAUUUGGCUUUUACCAGCUUACUACCUGGAGUUUGAAGGUGUCAACACGUUCCUGUACAUCUGGGGCGCUGGACUGGCAUUCUUCACCAUCAACAGCUACAUCCUCUACAUUCUCAUCACCAACUACAGGCCGGUGUACAGUCAAAGCACGAGCAAAGCCAAACUUACAAUGAAAGUACAAUGAUUUCAUCAAAUUGUUGUAACCAUGGUAACCUCAGCCUGCUUGUCAAGUACUCAGAUGAAAAUACUGCAGACACUGUUGUAUGUUUCUCUGUGUUAAGUGUGUUACAGAUCAAUCAAACAGUUAAUUAUUACCCUAACUACACUAAAGGGACUGAUUACAAUAAGUGUCACUUGCUCGCUUCAAUAAAGUGACACCUUUUUAUCACGGCAUUCUGGAUUUCAGUUGACCUUAAAAUAAGAUGGUGUUUAAACAUUUCAAAGGUAGGGCUACUGGCAUGAUCCAUUCUAGAUGACUGGCAUUAAUUAGGUGAUGGGUUAGUAUGGGUAUGGGUUCAUUGUUGUUUAAAAAAGUACAUUGUGCCCAUGUACAGUACCAGGUAUUAACAUUGAUAGUGACAAAUAUUUCUCUCUCUCUCUCGCACACACACACACACACACACACACACACACACACACACACACAGAGGGUUAGAACUAAACUGAAAGGCUUCACUAGGCCCAGUAAAGAUAAAAUGCGUUUGUUAAAACAAUGGGGACAUUGCAAAAUUUGAACUAGCCCACAGGAACUUGUACUAGCCCCGGUCUAGCGGGCUAGUGUUAAUUUCUAACGCUGGGUUGAAAUCAAUUCCCUAGAGCUGUUAAUUCGUUGCACAGAAUUUAAUUAAGAAAUAUAUGUUAAAGCUGUCAUGACUUUUGAAAUAGAUUUUGAAAUAGUUUGUUAUGACUGUUGGUACUUUAUAUCCAUGUUUAUUAUGACCAUGAUCAACUGUAUUGUCUGAUCAGCACUUGGAGGAAUAACUCACGGACAGCAGUUAGAUCAACUCUGAACAUGAUGAACCCUGUUCGAAUGAAAAUAACAACCCAUAUAUGCCCUUCUGUAUGUCUGGGGUUUGCGUGACAGAUGACCCAUCCCACCUGCUUCUAGGCUUUUGUUCUGUGUUUCGAUUUAGAGUUCAGUUAACUGAUAACUGUAUUGAACUUUAAUAUUGUUAUUUAAUAUGUUUUAUAACAUUAUUUGUGUUAUUAUAUAUACGUAUAUUAUUAAUCACUAUUUAUUUUACUUGUUAAAUUUGUGUUUGUAUGUUUUGUGUCUUUAUCGUAAUGUCACCAUUUUCAUGUUAAGCAUUAUUAAGUUAUGUUUCUUUCCAGUUAGGAAUAAAGAUGACAGAAAUUAAAUAAAAUUUGAA